UUUUGUUGUUUAUAUCGCUGUAAAAAUGCACGUGAGGAUAAGAACUUUCGGUAAACCAGAUAGUGUUGUUGUUGUGGACUCAAAGUUGACGAAGAUAGAAAAAUUCCGACGUAUAUUAAGUGAUAAGUUUGACAUCGAGCCGAAGUCACAACGGUUGUUUUACGGCGGGAAACUGCUCGAGGACGGUUAUACAUUCCAUGACUACAACAUAAAACUCAACGACGUCAUACAGCUUAUGAUCAAACUGCAACCCGCUGGCAGCGCAGAAACAGACACACAAAAGGUAAAUGAACAAAGUAAUAAGUCAAAAAGUAAUUCAAAAGUGUAUGAAGACACAGAAAGCGAAUUAUAUUUAAUAGGAGACUUAGUAGAUGUUAAAGAUAAAGAACAAGGUACAUGGUUAGAGGGAAAAAUAGUUAAAAUAGUCUAUGAUCCUGAAACUCUUAUUACCAAUGGAAAACAUGAAACCAGUGCCAAUGGAGACGCAUCUGAUAAUGAAAGUGAACAUAAUGAUGAACCAACAGUAAUUAAAAAUGAUAAAACGAAAGACAAGAAUACAAGUAUUACUAAAUUUUUCAGCCCACGUUCCAAAACGAAAAAACAAAAUGGGCAUAAGUCGUCUGAACCUAAUAAACUUCAGUCUGACAAAAUUAUUUUAUACAAAAUACAAUUAGACGAAGAUGAAGAGGAUUCAGAUUUAUUCUGUACAGAAAAAGAAAUAAGGCCUCGGGCGCGCACUGUUUUGGAAAUAAAGGAUCUGAAAAUCGGUCAGAAAAUCAUGGUUAAUUACAAUACCGAUGAACCACUAGAAAAAGGCUAUUGGUAUGAUUUCAAGGUUGAAGAAAUAAAAAAAAUUGCUUCCGGCCAUGAAUUGAUGGGUACCUUAUAUUUAGGCGCGGAUUCAGUACCUCAAAAUGAAACCAAAGUAAGAGUGCUCGAUAAAAUAUUUUCCAUUGAGGAAGUUGUACCUGUUAAAGAAAGAACUAAGCAGUAUAGCACUAUGAUGCAGACGCAACCUGAAAAAAGAUCACACGCAUUAAAAUGUUUGACAUGCCGCGAUGACGAUAAUAUGCCUUGCAAGGACUGUGGGUGCUGCGUAUGUUUGAAAAAGAAUAAUCCAGAAACAAUUGUGCUGUGCGACGAGUGCGACAUGGGUUAUCAUAUGACGUGUCUCAAGCCGCCACUCAAGGAGCUGCCUGAUGAUGACUGGUACUGUCCCAGUUGUGCGCGAGAUCCGGCAUCUGUGGUAGCACCUGGUGCUGCUCGCCAGCAACGCAAACAAGCUCGCUCGAACCGUGAUUGGGGACGAGGUAUGGCCUGCGUUGGAAAAACUAAAACAUGUGCGAUGCCACCUAAUCACUUCGGUCCAAUACCUGGCAUAGAAGUGGGCAUGUGUUGGAGAUUUAGAAUUCAACUCUCAGAGACUGGUGUACAUCGACCCCCCGUCUCUGGUAUACAUGGACGGGAUGUUGAGGGUGCGUACAGUAUUGUAUUAUCUGGCGGGUACGAAGACGACGUCGAUAACGGUAUUGAAUUCACUUACACUGGCAGUGGCGGUCGCGACCUUUCAGGCAACAAACGUACGGCAGAACAAUCAUGUGAUCAAACUCUCACACGCGAAAAUAAGGCACUGGCGCGCAACUGUGCUGCUGGCGAAGUGUCAGAAAAAGGCGGAGACGCGGGCGAGGCAUGGCGAAACGGAAAACCUGUUCGAGUUGUUCGUUCUUACAAGAUGUUGCGCCACUUCCCCAAGUAUGCCCCAAGCGAAGGUAUCAGAUACGAUGGAAUCUAUAAAGUUGUAAAGUAUUACCCAGAAAAGGGCCUAUCCGGAUUUAGAGUAUGGAAGUAUUUACUUCGUAGAGACGAUCCGAAUCCAGCGCCCUGGGAGCCCAAAGCCAAGCAGUAUUCUAUAAUUUAUCCGGAUGGCUAUUUAGAAGCCGAAGCAGAAAAAAAGAAAUUGAAAGAAAAGAAGUCGAAAGGCAACAAAAACACCAAGAAAAGAGAGCCUAAUAAUUCGUCAGAUUCUGAAAGUAAGGUUUCGCCGCCCAAGAAGAAACGUAAAGUAUUAAACGAAAAACAGAAAAUCGAAAAAAGUGAUGAUCCAAAGAAUAGUCCAAAGAAAAAAAUAGCAAGUAUAUUUAAUGUUAAAAGCCCAAAUACCAAAAACGCGAAAAUAAACAGCGAUAUACUGACACCGGAAGAGCAGGAGGCUAUUGAGGCGGAUACUUUGAACAGCAAGUUAUGGAAAGAGUGCCUUACUGUAUGCAAUGAGAGUGACAAGAAAGAUUUUAUCGAGCAAGUCACGCAGGCCUUCCUCUGUAUUAUUUGUCAAGACGUAGCUGUUAACCCCAUCACCACACCUUGUGGUCAUAAUUUCUGUUUAGGGUGCUUGAAGCUGGCAUUCAAAAGCAACGCAAAGUGCUGCCCCUGCUGCCGACGUGGUCUGCAGGAGCCACCGUCUUCGGAAAAUGUUAAUGAACAACUACGCGCUGCCCUCCGCGCUGUUAUGCCUGGUUAUGACGCUGGGAAAAAAUAACUUCGUCCUGUGGGACCUGACGAGUGUCUAUAAAUUGUUAACAAUAAACUGAAUAAAAUAUUUUGCUUAAUAAAU